GUUGCAUUACUGUUGCUCUCGUGCGGGAGAGGCUUUGUCUGCAGUAGACUGGGGGUAUCCUACCGUACUCGGCAGCCGCGACGAUGAAGUGGCUUUGCUGCUGUUGUUGUUGUUGUUAUCCACACCUGGCAAAAAACAACAACCUUUGUUGUUGUUGGCUGUUGUUGUUGAGGAACAAGGGAGAGCGUCAAAUUUGGCAUUUUGGGAGUUUUUUUUGCGUGUGUUUUUCCCCCAUAUUCAUAGCUUGCGGCAUAUUCGUUUUUUUUUCACUAGGGAUAGCAGCGUUGGGGGUGUCUGGCACGGUAUUUGGCUCGUCUUGGCAUUUGGGUUUGGGGAUUUGGGAUGGGAUGGGAUGGGAUAGGACGGAAUUACUCUUGGGAUGAUUUGCACGUCUGGUGGGAAUUUGGAUUGGCACUUGGAUUUGGACUUGGACUUUGAAGAAGGGGAUGGGGAGGGGGAUGCGGAUAUCGGCGUUGUUGUGGCGUGGCGUGACGGGAGUGUGUGGGUGGUACUUGUACCAGGAAAAUUAUCAUUGUUAUUCUUCCCUUUCUC